CCCCGCCUUGCCCCCUGGCGGAAGUGAGGGAGCGCAGAGUGGGGGUACCUGGUUCGAUCGCCAUGGAGUAGUCGCCGGGGGGACGGAGCUGAGCCGCGGCAGCAGCGCGCGACCAGACAGACGGACAGCGGGACGCAGCCCCCGCCGCUUCCCUGUGGCGCAGGCAAAUGUGAUAGCAUACAGUUGGAACAAUGGAGUCUAUGCUGAAUAAGUUGAAAAGUACUGUUACAAAGGUAACAGCUGAUGUCACCAGUGCAGUGAUGGGAAAUCCUGUUACCAGGGAAUUUGAUGUUGGCCGACAUAUUGCCAGUGGUGGCAAUGGGCUUGCUUGGAAGAUCUUUAAUGGAACUAAAAAAUCAACAAAACAGGAAGUUGCAGUUUUCGUCUUCGAUAAAAAGUUAAUAGACAAAUAUCAGAAAUUUGAAAAGGAUCAGAUUAUUGAUUCAUUAAAGCGAGGAGUUCAACAGCUAACAAGGCUUCGACACCCUCGGCUAGUUACUGUCCAACAUCCCUUAGAAGAAUCCAGAGAUUGCCUGGCAUUUUGUACAGAACCAGUCUUUGCAAGUUUAGCUAAUGUUCUUGGCAACUGGGACAAUCUACCCUCUCCUUUACCUUCUGACAUUAAGGAAUACAAACUUUAUGAUGUGGAAACCAAAUACGGCUUGCUUCAGGUUUCUGAAGGUUUGUCCUUUCUGCACAGCAGUGUGAAAAUGGUCCAUGGAAACAUUACUCCUGAAAAUAUAAUUUUGAAUAAAAGUGGAGCAUGGAAAAUUAUGGGAUUUGAUUUUUGUAUUCAGUCAACAAAUCCAUCUGAGCAAGAGCUGAAGUUUCUAUGUAAAGAAUGGGACCCAAACUUACCAUCUUUGUGUCUUCCCAAUCCUGAGUAUUUGGCACCAGAAUACAUCCUUUCAGUGAGCUGUGAGACUGCCAGUGACAUGUACUCUCUAGGAGCUGUCAUGUAUGCAGUAUUUAAUAAAGGGAAGCCUAUUUUUGAGGUCAACAAGCAAGAUAUUUAUAAAAGUUUCAGUAGACAGCUGGAUCAGCUGAGUCGCUUAGGCUCCAAUACACUUCAGAAUAUACCAGAGGAAGUACGUGAACAUGUAAAACUACUAUUAAAUGUGGCUCCUGCAGUCAGACCAGAUGCAGAUCAAAUGACAAAGAUACCAUUCUUUGAUGAUGUUGGAGCAGUGACACUUCAAUAUUUUGAUUCUUUAUUCCAAAGGGAUAAUCUUCAGAAAUCACAGUUUUUUAAAGGGCUACCAAAGGUUCUGCCAAAACUACCUAAGCGUGUUGUAGUGCAGCGAAUUUUGCCUUGCUUGACCUCAGAGUUUGUGAACCCUGAUAUGGUACCCUUUGUUUUGCCUAAUGUUCUGCUGAUUGCUGAGGAGUGCACCAAAGAAGAAUACAUCAAGCUAAUCCUGCCUGAUCUUGGCCCUGUUUUUAAACAACAAGAACCAAUCCAGGCUAGCAACAUGAUUUUGUUGAUUUUCUUACAAAAAAUGGACUUACUCCUAACCAAAACUCCAUCAGAUGAAAUAAAGAAUAGUGUUCUUCCAAUGGUUUAUAGAGCCUUAGAAGCACCUUCCAUACAGAUUCAGGAACUUUGCCUUAACAUAAUUCCUACGUUUGCCAACCUAAUAGACUAUCCAUCAAUGAAAAAUGCAUUAAUACCAAGAAUUAAAAAUGCAUGUUUGCAAACUUCCUCUCUUGCUGUCCGCGUAAACUCCUUAGUGUGCUUGGGAAAGAUUUUGGAAUAUUUGGAUAAGUGGUUUGUACUUGAUGACAUUCUGCCCUUUCUGCAACAAAUUCCAUCUAAGGAACCUGCAGUGCUUAUGGGAAUUUUAGGAAUUUACAAAUGUACAUUUACUCAUAAGAAGCUGGGAAUGACCAAAGAACAGCUUGCAGGAAAAGUAUUGCCCCAUCUAAUUCCACUUAGUAUUGAGAACAAUCUUAAUCUCAAUCAGUUCAAUUCCUUCAUUUCUGUCAUAAAAGAUAUGCUUAGUAGAUUGGAGGUUGAACAUAAGACCAAACUUGAACAACUUCAUAUUAUGCAAGAACAGCAAAAAUCUUUGGAUAUAAAUAAUCAAAUGAACGUAUCUGAAGAAACAAAAUCUAAUAGUACAGGUAAUCAGAUUGACAAGGUGUUCAGCAGUACUGGAAGAGACAUUCCAGCUAGUGGAUCAGAUAGUAAAGAGAAUGGGCUAUUAUCAAAACAGAAAAAGGUAUCACUUACACUUGAGGAGAAGCAAAAAUUAGCAAAAGAACAGGAACAGGCACAAAAGUUGAAAAAUCAGCAACCACUUAAGCCUCAACAACAUACAGUCACAGCUCCGCUGAAACAGACAAAGGACUUGACAGAUACCUUGAUAGAUAAUAUGUCAUCCUUGACCAGCCAUUCCAUCAACAAACCGAAAGUUGCUUCUUCAAGUAGCUUCUCUUCUGUCCCAUCGAUGGGUGUUGGAAUGGGAUUUUUAUCACCUGUUGACAGCACAAAGCGAAACGUAACAAAUGGACUAAAUACUAACAUGGGAUUUCAGACUUCUGGAUUCAGCCUAGGGGCAGGUACUACAAACCAGAACUACUUUAGUAGUCCAAGCGCAACUGGAAUGGCCAUGAUGAACAUGGUACCAACUGCCAAUAUGCCAAACUACAGCCCUGUUAGUGCUACUUCUGGAAUCUCACAGUCAACACCACACAAUAGACCCCCAGACAUGUCUGCUUUAGAUGGUCUCUUUGGUCCUCAAAAACCCAAAGUUAGUAUGAACCAGUUAUCACAACAGAAACCAAACCAGUGGCUUACUCAAUUUGUGCCCCCUCAAGCUUCCCCUGGUGCAAGCAGUUCUGUUUUGGGACCACAGAUGAAUGUUCUAGGACAACCUGGCUUUGGUAUGCAGGGUAAUCCUUUCUUUAACCCCCAGAACUUUGCACAGCCAACAAACACUAUGACAAGCGGCAACUUAGCUAGCAAUGACUUAAAAGAUCUUUUUGGGUAAAAUAUCUUGCAUUCUUUUUCAAAGAUUGAUAACAUUUGAAUGAUGGGUAAGCUGAUUAACAUCUUUGUAUGAUUGGUAAAAAUUUUACUUGGGGAAAAUUUUCACCUAGCAAAAUAAAAACUUGCACAGGAAAAAGAUAUUGUUUUCAGGCACCAUGCAGGAGAAUCUCAUAAUUGUCAGGUUGUUUUGUGCGAUAAUCUUGGUCCAUUUCCCCCAACUUCAGGGCUUUAAGUCAGGAUACAUCAAUCUGCAUACAUUCAUUCAUAAAAGCAGAAGCUAAAUAUUUAAUAAUCAUUCAGAGAUUCGUUCCACAUAGCUUUUGGAUUUGUGUGCAAUUUUACUCCAUAAAUUGAACAAAACCGGUUGAGUUGUAAGAAGCUAAUUUAUAUUGUUUAGUACCCUCACAAUAUGCAAGUUUCUGUUCAGUGUGUACUAAAUCCUGAUGUGGUGAUUUAAAUUUAUUAUGACACUGAGUUGUAAUGUGACAUACCGUGGACAGACUUAAUUGUUGCACUGCAUCCAGUUGUCGGGUUUUUUUAAGACACAUUGAAUGAAAAUAUCUCUAAUCAUAUAUGAGAGAUGAAGGUUUUGAAGGGAAAUAUUUGGCUUUCACUUUCUUUUGUUAGAGAAGAAGAAAGACUAAACAGCAGAAUGUUCAACAAGAGCA